AUGUCAAGAGACUUUACUUCACUUUAUCCUUCACUCUUUAUCUCCCAUCUCAAUCUCACUUUACUCUCAAAUCUCCUACCCUUUUCACUUCUUAUUCUUUACCUCAAUUCACCCAAGAUCGCUUCAUCGCUCAACUCAUCUCUCACCAAUCUUCGAACUUUCACUGAUCUUCAAAUUUUCGAUCCAAUCAACCGAAAUCGCUUCAUUCAUUCAAAAUGGCUAGAACCAAAAUGCCGGCUAGAAAAAAUCGCCCAAGGCAAAGGUCCUAGGAAAACCCUCCCUGGAGCUGGAAAACGAGUUCUUCCUCCUCCCCCACCCCGUCGUCGUCGUCGCUACAAAUGGGGUACGACCGCUUUGCGCGAAAUCAGAAGAUACCAAAAGUCAACCGAUUUGAUCAUACCCAAACUACCAUUCCAACGACUUGUGCGAGAAAUUGCGCAUCAAGUCACUUUAGAAAAAGAUAUGAGAUGGCAGAAAUCCGCGAUUCUAGCUCUACAAGAGGCUGCUGAGGCAUUUCUUGUCAAGGAAUUUGAAAUGACCAAUCUCGCUGCUAUACACGCACACAGAGUCACAAUUCAGUCUAAGGACAUGCAGCUAGUUGAUCAACUCAGAAGGAUUAUGACUGGUACUGGAUACAGAUCUGAGAACAGAGCCUGA